UUAUAGAAAGUGAUAUAUUACCGCCAACUUGAAUAGAAGUAGAAGAAAGAAAAGAAUGAAUUGAAAAAACCAAUUCCACUUGGCUUUCUUCUUCACUCCCAAUUCCAAAAUUCUCUUCUUUCUUCUCUACUCUAACAACCACUCAUGGCGGUUACCGAUUUCUUCGCCGGCGAGAUAGCCACGGAGCUUCUCAAGACUCUCGCAGCCAUAGUCCGUAAAGCUUGCUUUUGCAGAUCAAGCGCCGAGAACCUCAUUCAUUACAUUAAUUCUUUCCUCCCAACCAUUGAGGGGAUCAAGUACAUAGGGGUUGAGCUCGAACCCCAUCGUCAGUUCCAGCUCGAUCAAUUCUCCGUCACUCUAAAGAAAGGCAACGAGCUAGCUCAAAAGGUCCUGAAGACAGGCCGAUUUAACGUCUAUAAGAACCUCAGGCUGACUCGUCAGAUGGAAAAGCUCGAGAAGACUGUCCAACAGUUUAUGCAGGGUCCUUUUCAGGCUAAUAUAUUGGCUGACGUCCACCACAUCCGGUUCGAUAGCGACGCGGGGUUCGAGCGAAUGGACAGGGGGCUCGAGCGAAUAGACAGUAGGUUCGAGCAGAUUGAACAGAGGCUUGGCUCCAUGAAAAUUGGCGGUGGAGAAACCGGUGGGUGGAUGGAGGAAGCUUUGAAGAAAGUGGAGGAGGAUAAUCAGAUGAACUUGGAGGGGAAUUUGAUCAAUUUUGGUUUGGAUUUGGGGAAGAAGAAGGUCAAGGAGAUGAUUCUUGGGAACAACUCGAGUGUUGUUGGGAUUCGUGGAAUUGGAGGUUCGGGUAAAACCACCUUAGCUAAAGAAAUUUGCAGAGAUGACGAGGUUCGAACUUAUUUCAAUGACAAAAUUUUGUUCUUGACGGUUUCACAAUCUCCUAAUGUGGAUAAUCUAUUGAGGAGCAUUUGGGGAUAUCUUUCGGGGAACGAAAAUCUGGGCCCAAACUACGUCGUUCCACAGUGGAACCUGCAAUGUUCUUGGAGAGCAAGUGUUAGAACUCUGGUGGUUUUGGAUGAUGUGUGGUCACUCCCUGAGCUUCAACGUUUGGUUUCGAAAAUACCCGGUUGCACAUGGUUAGUCGUUUCUCGUUUCAAGUUCCAAACCAUUAUCAACCACACUUACGAGGUUGAGUUAUUAAGGGAAAACAAUGCUAUCUCUCUGUUUUGCCACUCUGCCUUUGGCCAAAAAACAAUACCUCCCGGUGCUAAUGUAAAUUUGAUCAAGCAGAUUGUGAAUGAGUGUAAAGGGCUUCCCUUGGCUCUUAAAGUCAUUGGUGCAUCGUUAAGGGACCAACCAGAAAUGUAUUGGGCAAGCGCCAAGAACCGGUUAUCGCGUGGGGAACCUAUUAAUGACUCCCAUGAGAACGAACUCCUUGUGAGGAUGGAGAUGAGUGUUAAAUGGCUUGAUGAUAAAGUGAAACGGUGUUUCCUGGAUUUGGGGGCAUUUCCAGAAGACAAGAAGAUACCUCUUGAUGUACUCAUCAACAUGUGGGUUGAAGUACAUGAUAUCGAUGAGGAAGAAGCCUUUGCAAUUCUUGUUGAACUUGCAAACAAAAAUUUACUUACCCUUGUGAAAGAUUCAAGAGAUGGGGAUGUAUACAGCAGUUACUAUGAUAUUGCUGUUACUCAGCAUGAUGUGUUGAGGGACCUUGCUCUCCAUAUAAGCAAUCGUGACCAUAUAAACCAGCGCGAGCGAUUGCUUAUGCCAAGGAGAGAAAUGGCUGUCCCCAAAGAGUGGGAGAGGAAUUCACAGCAGCCAUUUAACGCUCGGAUUGUUUCAAUCCAUACAGGCGAAAUGAAUGAAAUGGACUGGUUCCAAAUGGAGUUUCCUGAGGCUGAAGUUCUCAUACUGAACUUCUCAUCCAAGCAGUACUUUUUACCAAGCUUCUUGGACAACAUGCCCAAGCUCCGGGCACUCAUAAUUAUAAACUACAAUUCAGCUAAUGCCACACUUAGAAAUUUCCCUGAAUUUCUGAGUUUGGCCAAUUUGAGGAGUCUUUGGCUAGAAAAGGUUUCUGUACCUGAAUUAUCUAAUUCCACUCUUCCCCUCAAAUACUUGAGGAAGUUAUCUGUAAUCCUCUGUAAUAUCAAAGAUAGCUUUGAGCAGUCAAUGGUAGACUUGCCUCAUAUAUUCCCUUCCUUGUUAGAACUCACAAUUGAUCAUUGUGAGGAUUUAUUUGAAUUACCUCCAACCAUUUGUGAGAUGCAGCGCCUCAAGACACUGAGUAUCACCAACUGCCACAAUCUAAAGCACUUACCUGCUGAUAUGGGAAAACUCAGGACUUUACAAAUCUUGAGGUUAUAUGCAUGCCCUGAACUAAAGGAACUUCCUUGUGGAAUCUGUGAGCUACUUGGGUUGAAGUACCUUGACAUUUCUCAGUGUCUUAAACUGUCUCGUCUCCCUCAAGGGAUAGAUAGAUUGUCAAGCUUGGAAAAGAUUGACAUGAGAGAGUGUUCAAGGUUCAACAGCUUGCCAAAGUUUGAUGCUUCACCACAGUCUCUUCGUCACGUGAUCUGUGACGACGAGGUCUCUUGGCUUUGGGAGAGUACCAAGAAGGCAUUGCCCAAUCUACACAUUCAGGUUGCUGAGACACAGUACAGCCUAGACUGGCUUGACGAGUAGUCAUCUUAUGUUUUUUGUAUAUUGUUUGUAAAUAAAUUUAGAGCUUAUUGAUCAGAUCAGAAGGUGUGUUGUAUGUUCCAUUAUGUUUAUGUAAAAAUGGUAAAAAUAAUUAUAAUUCAACAGUUUCCAUGUUGAUUGGUAAUUUAGUAUUGGAAUAACAAUCUCUCCUUUAGUAA